AUGUCAAAUUUAUCAAUUAAUGAAUCAAAUGAUAAUUCAAAUGUAUCCAUUCUACUGAAUAAAAGUGGUGCUCAAAGUAGUACUAAUAGUAGUCAUAAUCUUAUUGUUUUUAAACAACCUGAAGAUUUAUCAAUUCAAUUACAACAACAACAACAAAAAGAAGGACCCCUUGAAGAUAAUAAACCAGAUACCCAAGAAGAAGAAAUGGAACAAAUAACACAACAAGAAGUUCAACAAGAAAACCAACCAGAUACUUUAUCAUCUAGUCCCUUUAUUUCACGUCCACAUUCACCCCUCGAUGAUGUAAUUAGGCCACAAGGUACAUCAUCACCAUCAUUGACAAUUAGAGAUUCUUAUUCUUCUCAAGUAGAUAUUAAUAUAUCUAAUUUACAUAAGAGUUUAAAUGAGAUGAGAUUAUCAACAGACUCUGUUGGCAACAACAAUGACAACAACAACAACAACAACAACAAAAACAACAGUGAUAUAUCUAAUGAUGAUAUUAUAACAAUUGAUAAUUUGACUCCAAGUAGAAUAAAACCGAAAAACAUAUCCCCAUGGAGACAGUUCCGCCCUGCGUUGCGUGGUAGUCCUGAAACAACCCCACGGCUGUUGUUUCAAAAUAAACCCAAUUUGAAAUUUAAUAAUAAUAAUAGUCCUACUAAUGGUAGUAGAGAUAUGAUUACAAAUAAUACUAAUAAUAUUGCUACAACUACCAAAUCAAGAGAAGAAGAAUUGAAUAAACGAAUAGUUAAUUAUAAAAUUCAAUUGAAAUUAAUGAAGAAUUUUUUACAAGAAUUAAUUGAUAGAAAUAAUCUUGAUCCUCAUGAAUUUCACACAUUAUUAAACAGGAAUAAUAAUAACAACAGCAAUAACAAUAACAACAACAACAACGAAAACAACCCAUUAUCAACCUCAUUAUCGCAAACCUCAACCUUGGAAAUUCAACAUCAAAAUUUACAAAUAGAAUUAGAUGAAGCAGUUGAAUUAAAUAAACAAUUGUAUAACAACAUAGAAAUUGCCAAUAAGGAAAUCAAUGAUAAGGAUUUACAAAUUUCUAAUUAUGAAUCAAGAAUUAAUUUAAUCAAUUAUUCCGUUGAUGAGUUAAUUUAUAUUUUAAUUAAUGAAUAUGAUAAGAAUACUUUUUCAGGAAAUGGUAAUACCACUAGUCCUGGUAAAGAAACUUUACAACAAUCCAUAUCGGCACCAUUAGAAGUUAAAUUAAAUGUUUUAAAAUUAGAAUUAAUGACUAGAUUGGAUCAACUGCGUCAAUAUAAUAAACAACCAGAAUUAUUUACUCCUCCAUAUACAUCAUCUGAAUAUGGUGGUAUUAAUUCCAACAACAACGCUGCCACUAAUAAAAAUGAUUUGGAAGGAUAUAUUCAUAUUAUUGAAGAUUUGAUUAAAACUGUUGAUGAAUUAGAAUUAACUUGUGAAAGUUAUAAGGCAAACAAGAAUGAAUUACAAAACCAAUUGGUUGAACAAAUAAAUGAAUCGGUUCGAAUUAAAAAUAAUUUUCAAAUCAUGUCUAAUAAAUUUAAUCAAUUACGUCAAUCAUUAAAUGAGAAAGAAAAUGAUAAGAACCAAGAUGAAUUUAAUAAAACCAACCAACAACUUGAACAAAAGUUGAUUGAAUAUGAAAAAUGUAUUGCAAUAUUACAAGAUGAAUUAGACCAAUACAAACAACCUUCCGAUAUCACCACUACUACUACUACUACUAACAAUAACAACAACAAUAACAGAUCGUCUUAUUCGUCGUAUAAUAAUCAUCGCAAUAGUUCAUUAAAUGAAUUGAAUUUAGUGAAUGAUUAUUUACAAUUACAAACAUCUUAUAGUAGAAUCAAUGAUGAAUUAAAUCAAGUGAAUAAUGAUUAUAAACUUUUGAAUAGUUCAACACUGGAGAAAAUCAAUAAUUUAACAACAAAAUUACAAGAGAAAUCAAUUGAAUUAAGAAAUCAAAUGGGGUUAAAUAAUAAAUUACAAACUGAAUUGAAUUUAUCAUUAGAUAAACAACGUAAAUAUAAUACUGAAAGAAUACAAAUGUCAUAUACUGUUGAUUCAUUGAAAAAAGAUAAUGAAGCAUUACAAUUGAAAGUUAAUAAAUUAACUGAUCUAAUGACAAUUGAUAGAACAAGAACUGAAAAUAAUGUCCAGUCUUCACCAAUACCACCAAUAACACAACAACAAACGGUUCCUCCAUUAGCAUCAGCCCCCACACAUGCAAGAGUUUCUUCGAUAUCAUCAUCAUCAGCAACAACAACCACAGUAAAUACCAAUACCAAUACUAAUACUAAUACAACAAAUGAUAACAAUAGCAGUAAUAAUAUUGAAUUGGGAGUUAAAAAGAUUUCAAUUUUAGAAUAUCAAUAUAAAGAUUUAUUAUUAUAUGAUACCAAUCAAUUUAAAAGAUUAAUUGAAAGUUAUAAUAAGAUUGCUGAUGAUAAAUCUUUAUAUGAUCCUAAAAUGAAAUAUGAAAAAUUAUUAAAUCAUAUAAAUGAUAUUAAUAAUAAUAAUGGGAAUAUUAAUGGGAAAUCUAUUGAUAUUCUUGAAAAUAUUACAUAUAUUAGAGAUAAACAUAAAUCAAUUUUUGAAUAUUUUAUUAGAGCUACUGAUAUAUUAAUUAAUGAUCAUAUAAAAUUAUUAUUAAAAGAAAAUGAUGAUUCAAUUAAAGUUAAAUAUAAUAAAUUAAAUGAUAAAUUGAAUAAAUUGAUUAAAGAAAAUGAAUCAUUGAAAUCAGAAUUAGAACAACAACAACAACAACAGCAGCAUCAGCAAAAUACUAGUGUUAAUACCAAUGAUGGUGAUGAAUAUGGGAAUAUCAAUAAUAAUGAUCCAUUAUCUAAAUUAAGAAUGAAUGAUUUAAGAAAUAAAUGGAAAGCAGAAAGAGAACGAAGAAUUUUAGAAGAUCAAGAAGCUAAAAAGAGAUUUAAAGAAUUAGAAUUAGAAAUUCAACGAUUGAAUGAAGUUAUUGGUAAUAAUAAUAAUAAUAAUAAAAAUAAACAAACCACGAAUGAUAAUAAUUAA